UCUCUCCGCGCGGUGAGGGAGCCCUCAGCUCGCAGCCCAGCGUGCCCGGACCGGGGGCCGGGGGCUCGGGCCGAGGCGGGUAGCCGCCGGAGGACGUCUGGGGCCCGGCGAGGCCCAACGACCCGAGACGCCGCACCUCUGCGCGCGGCUUUGGCUCGCCGGCCGUCUGGACGCGGAGCGUGACUCCUCCCCUCGUCCCUCCGUCCCUCCCGGCGGCGCCGUCGCGUUCCCGGGUUCUCCCUCGGCCGCGAGCCCGGGCCGCCCCAGGGGUGUUGAGAUUGGCGCGGAGAGGGGCGCAGAAGCGGGCUGUGGGAGCACUCUGCCACGUGGAAUAAGUUUCCCUCCUGGCCUGUGUUUUCGUCGUUAGGAUGUUCCGGAGUACUUGUGCAAAUUCCUGUGCCCCGCCCCCAAGAUCCUGAUUCAGUGGGUCUGGGGUGGGGCCUGCUAAUCAGUAUUUUUAACAACCGCUCCAGGUUGAUGCCCAUAGUCUGCGGACCUCACCUAACACUGGUAUAACUGGUAGAGAGGAAAGUUGCAUUGGGUUGGCUAUGGGUCUGUUUAUCUUUAGCAAGGCUUCCAACAAGAAGUGAUUCUAGCUGGGCUUUGUAUUGAGGGACCAGAAUAUCCACUGGUUCUUUGCUCCACAGUGAUGAAUUCCCUCCCUCGCCACCACCAGGAUGCAGAAGAUCUCGGUGCUGCUCUUCCUGGCCUGGGAAGGCGUGUGGUCUUCAUGGGAGAUGAUACCUGGAAAGAUCUUUUUCCUGGAGCUUUCUCCCAAGCUUUCUUUUUCCCAUCCUUUAAUGUCAGAGACCUGCACACAGUGGACAAUGGCAUCCUGGAACACCUCUACCCAACCAUGGACAGUGGUGAAUGGGACGUGCUGAUCGCUCACUUCCUGGGUGUGGAUCACUGUGGCCACAAACAUGGCCCUUACCACCCUGAAAUGGCCAAGAAACUUAGUCAAAUGGACCAGGUGAUCCAGGAACUUGUGGAGCGUCUGGAGAAUGACACACUGCUGGUGGUGAUUGGAGACCAUGGGAUGACCAUGAGUGGGGACCAUGGAGGGGACAGUGAACUGGAGAUAUCGGCUGCACUUUUUCUGUACAGUCCCGCAGCCCUCUUCCCCAGCGCGCCACCAGAGGAGCCAGAGGUAAUUCCUCAAAUCAGCCUUGUGCCUACACUGGCCCUGCUGCUGGGCCUCCCCAUCCCAUUUGGGAACAUUGGGGAGGUGAUAGCUGAGCUGUUCUCAGAAGUCAAAGACUCCCAGCCUCACUUCUCUGCUUUGGCCCAAGCCUCAGCUCUCCAUCUCAAUGCCCAGCAGGUGUCCCGAUUUCUUUACACCUACUCAGCUGCUGCUCAGGACCUCCAAGUUAAAGAGCUUCAUCGGCUGCAGAACCUCUUCUCCAAGGCCUCUGCUGACUACCAGCGGCUUCUGCAAAGCCCGCAGAGGGCUGAGGCAGCACUGCAGACUGUGAUUCCUGAGCUGCAGCAGUUCCUGCGGGGAGUUCAGGCCAUGUGCCUUGAGUCUUGGGCUCGUUUCUCUCUGAUCCGCAUGGCAGUGGGUGCUGCUAUCUUGGCUGCUGCCUGCUUUCUCUGCCUGCUGGUAUCCCAGUGGGCGACAUCCCCAGGCUUCUGCUUCCAUCGUCUCCUCCUGAUCCCCAUGGCCUGGGGCCUGGCUGGGGCCAUAGUGUGUGCUGGACUCCUGGCAACUACUGAGCUGAAGCUGGAUCCAGUGAUUCUAGGGGCCAUGGCUGCAGUGGGCUCACUUCUGCCUUUUCUGUGGAAAGCCUGGGCUGACUGGGGGUCCAAGAGGCCCCUGGCAGCCCUGCUUCCCAUCCCUGGGCCUGUCCUGUUACUCUUGCUCAUUCGCUUUGCUGCUUUCUUCUCUGAUAGUUUUGUUGUUGCUGAGGCCAGGGCCACCCCCUUCCUUUUGGGCUCACUCAUCUUGCUCCUGGUUGUCCGGCUUCACUGGGAGGGCAGGCUGCUGCCACCUAAGCUACUCACAAUACCUCGCCUUGGCUUUUCAGCCCCCACAGGCCCCCCACGGCACAAUGGUGUGCAGGCCCUGGGGCUCGGAGUUGGGUUACUUUUAUGUAUAAGGCUAGCUGGGCUUUUUCAUCGCUGCCCUGAAGAGACACCUGCUUGCCGCUCCUCUCCCUGGCUGAGUCCUCUGGCCUCCAUGGUGGGUGGUCGAGCCAAGAAUUUGUGGUAUGGAGCUUGCGUGGGGGCGCUGGUGGCUCUGUUAGCUGCUGUGCGCCUAUGGCUUCGUCGCUAUGGUGAUCUCAAGAGCCCUGAGCCCCCUGUACUCUUUGUGCGCUGGGGGCUGCCCGUAAUGGUACUGGGCACUGCUGCCUACUGGGCAUUGGCAUCUGGGGCAGAUGAAGCACCCCCACGUCUCCGGGCCCUGGUCGCUGGGGCAUCAGUAGUGCUGCCUAGGGCUGUGGCAGGGUUGGCUGCUUCAGGGCUCAUGCUGCUGCUCUGGAGGCCUGUGACGGUGCUGGUGAAGGCUGCAACGGGUGCUCCAAAGAGCAGGACUGUCCUCGCUCCCUUCUCAGGCCCCCCUACUUCUCAGGCUGACCUGGAUUAUGUGGUUCCUCAAAUCUACCGACAUAUGCAGGAGGAAUUCCGGGGCCGGCUAGAGAGGGCCAAACCUCAGAGGCCCCUGACUGUGGCUGCCCGUCAGUUGGGGAGUGUCUACUCAGCUGCUGUGGUCACAGCCCUCACCCUCUUGGCCUUCCCACUUCUGCUGUUGCAUGCAGAGCGCAUUAGCCUUGUGUUCCUGCUUCUGUUUCUUCAGAGCUUCCUUCUCCUGCAUCUGCUUGCUGCUGGGAUACCCAUCACCACCCCUGGUCCUUUUACUGUGCCAUGGCAGGCAGUCUCUGCUUGGGCCCUCAUGGCCACACAGACCUUCUACUCCACGGGCCACCAGCCUGUCUUUCCAGCUAUCCAUUGGCAUGCAGCCUUUGUUGGAUUCCCAGAAGGUCAUGGCUCCUCUACCUGGCUGCCUGCUUUACUGGUGGGAGCCAACACCUUUGCCUCCCAUCUCCUCUUCGCAGUAGGUUGCCCAUUGCUCCUGCUCUGGCCCUUCCUUUGUGAGAGUCAAGGGCCCCAGAAGAGGCGGCAGCCCCCAGGGAAUGAAGCUGAGGAGGAGGAGGAGCCGCUGAUGGAGAUGAGGCUCCGGGAUGUACCUCACCACUUCAAUGCAGCGCUGCUGCAGCUGGGCCUCAAGUACCUCUUUGUCCUUGGUAUUCAGAUUCUGGCCUGUGCUUUGGCAGCCUCCGUCCUCCGCAGGCAUCUCAUGGUCUGGAAGGUAUUUGCCCCCAAGUUCAUUUUUGAGGCCGUGGGCUUCAUUGUGAGCAGCGUGGGACUUUUCCUGGGCAUAGCUUUGGUGAUGCGAGUGGAUGGUGCUGUGAACUCCUGGUUCAGGCAGCUAGUUCUGGCCCAGCAGAGGUAGCCUAGGCUGUGGGUGCUGGCUCCUGGCCAUGGAGAGAGCUGGAGAACAGUCUAGCCUGGCCUCUGUGGGUGCUGGAUCAUCUGUAAGAGAGGCUCAGGCACACCUCUUACCACCAUGCAGCUAAGAGUUACUGGCAUUUGGGAGUUCAUUAUUUUAUAGUUCAAAAUUGUAGUGGGGCUGAUCCCUAAUUCCUGUUUUGGAUGCAUCUGAGGGACUUGGGGGUGGUCUCCAAAGUGGAAUAAAAUAAUAAUGUAAAUAUGUGUGUCUGAGAUGUGGGGGAGUCCCUACAUCAUAUAGGGGCUAGGGAGAGGGCGUCUCGCCUCUCACCAAGCACAGAUGGGAUCAGCCAUUUUAUCCAGACCUGGCUGCACCUGAGAACCUUUGAGACGUGGUUGGAGUUGUCUGAAUUCAUUCCUCCACCUCUUCCCAAAUUACUCCUAUUAUCCCACCUUCUGUUUUCCUUUGCCAUGCAACAUAUUUUAUUAAAUUUUUCUGCUUUGGCUGAUAA